GCGGCAUCUCCCCUCCCCUCAGUCCCGCUCGGCAGCCGCCGCGGCAGCAGCAGCCGCAGCCGCCCGGGUAGCGGUGCCGCCGCCUCCUCUUUUUCUUCUUCUUCCUCUUCUUCUUCCCCGUUCUCCCCGGGGCACGAUGCAGUUUAUGUUGCUUUUUAGUCGCCAGGGGAAACUGAGACUCCAGAAGUGGUAUGUCCCGUUAUCUGACAAAGAAAAGAAGAAAAUCACAAGGGAACUUGUUCAAACAGUAUUAGCCCGCAAACCGAAAAUGUGCAGCUUCCUGGAAUGGAGAGACCUGAAGAUUGUCUACAAAAGAUACGCAAGCCUCUAUUUCUGCUGUGCUAUUGAAGAUCAGGACAAUGAACUAAUAACUCUGGAAAUAAUUCAUCGCUAUGUAGAACUUCUUGACAAGUAUUUUGGCAGUGUAUGUGAACUUGAUAUCAUCUUCAAUUUUGAAAAAGCCUAUUUCAUUCUGGAUGAGUUCCUUUUAGGAGGGGAAGUUCAAGAGACUUCCAAGAAAAAUGUUCUCAAAGCCAUUGAACAGGCAGAUCUCUUACAGGAGAGCCAGAAUGAAGACUGGGGAGGUUUGUCUGAGGAUAUCUUAUGAUUAAGAGCAAUCUAAGGCAUUAGCCCGUUUGACCCCCAUCUAAAUGAUUGUUCAUGUACGAAGAGUAUGAUUCUCAUGGUGAGGAAGCAGAGACCCCACGUAGUGUACUUGAAGAAAUUGGAUUGACAUAAAUCUUCGCUUCAGCUGAUGACAUCUCAGUGUUUCAUACUGUAAAUGUUCACUGCCUUCAUUGUAAUGUUUAGCUAAUGGUGUAAGAUGCUGUUUGUCAGUAUUACUGUUUUGCUAAGCUGCUUCAUUCAGGCCUACAAGAAAAAUGCUCCUUUGAAAAGGGAACAAGAAACUAAAGUCCAAAAAUAUAAAUGAAAGGGAAUUAGGUUUAAAUUGACUCAGUGUCUCCCUUCACUGCAUUUAUAGGAAAAUUGCAUUUGACUUUAAGUGUACUGUUUUUUAUAAGCAAACUUGACUUCAGGAAAUAAAUGUAUCAUGAUGACAUAGCAUAUCUAAAUGAAAAGAAACUACAUGGACAACUCCAAAUGUUAUGGUGUAGAAAUUGUGUUUAUGCAACCAAAGACUUUUGUUCAUCUACAUUUUAGUCACCACUUGUGAUAAUUCUGCUUAUUUCAGUUGAUGCAUAAAGAUUGGAAAUACCUGUUUACUACUGAAUUUGUCAUUAUACCAAAGAAUCCUGUUAGGAUCUGCAUAUCAAACUGGUAAGAACUGUUAAGGCGAUACUGCUUUUUGCAAGAAAACUGCAAACUGAUAAACUCAUUAGAAAUGAAGGUGUAUUUAAGUGUAGCUACCUUGAGAAAAACUGUGCAAGUUACUAUACUAAAAAGGGAAUGCAUGUAGUUUAAAAGAAAAAAAAGAAAAAAUUCAAACAAGGAAACUAUUUUCAGGUUUGAUAUUGGUUUGCUCUGAACAUAAACACAAGAAAGGAGGUAGGCUUUCUGACUGCAUAGAGAGGUGCAUAAUGAAAAUUGGGUAUUUCUGAAGAUGGGAAAGAAGGAGCUUUACAAAAGGGACUUUUUAUUAUUUUCUUUCAAACUCUACAAAUUAAUUUUUAUUUAUUGGUGUCUUAUAGUUAUGCUUUAAUGGGUGUAUAGGUACCUUUAAAAAAACCCACACUAAGUGUCAAUGUCAUUUUAACUGCUUUUCUUGACUUACACCUUUAGUAUGUGACACAUCCCUUACAAAACUCCUGGGCGAUGUACAGUUGAACCAACUAAUUUGCAGUGAGAGCUUUUAAAUAUUAGAUUUGUAUAGUAGAUUCACUGCAGAUCAUGUAAAGUGGUAUCAAGGAAUAUUUUGACACUUCCAGCAGACUUUCAGUAAUUAUAAGCUAAACCCGUUUCACUCGAAGUUCAAUUUGUGUGUGCUUUUGAGGAGGUAGUGCCACACUUUGGAGUUCUGCUGACGGGGGGAGGCUGUCCCCUUCCCUCCUCCCCAGUCACCUCACCCCAGGAGUCAGCGCUUUGGCUUGUUCACUUGAGUAAGUAGUGCCACGUUUUCACAGAACUUAGCUUUGGCGUUGUUGCUGGAAGCAGUUGCGCACCGCUAGUGUAAGCAUUUACACAGCCAUCUGGAGAGCUAGACUGUGGGCUUGAUGCCAUCUGGGUUAAAUUUAACCCACCAGGAGAGGCUCGGCGUUGCCGCUUGCAAGCGCCCUGAUCCAGAUCCCGGUAUAAAUGCUCCUGGCGGCAGAAGGGGCGGCUGGGGCAGGUCUGUGUGCUGGGUUAGAGUUUGUCUGCUUAGGCCCUUUCUGGGAUUUAAACGUGCCAGAUUGCUAGAGAGCGCUUUUAUCCUAGGGCACGUGGAAGGAGUGGUUCCUGUCUCCCCAGUGCAUGAUGUGCAGGGAUAGACGAGGAUCAAGUGGUACCAGAAUUGACCCUGUGUGUGAGAUUGAAGUGGUAAAAUUACCUUAAGUCAAACCCGAAGCAAUUUUGUAUGUAUUAAACAUGUUUUUAAAGUUUACACUGUCACUUGUAUGUGCUUGGCUGGAUUAAGCUUUGUUGUGAUUGUGACAAAUAAACUAUUUGACCUCUGUCUGUCACAUUGGUUUAGUUGUAAUAAAUGUCUGUUUUUACACCA